GUGUACAUGUGUCAUGUCCCGACCCUAUGAUAGCUGAGAUGGCACACCUAGAUGUGGUUGUGCCCCCAGAGAUCGUGGACAACGAGACCUCUGGGGAGACGACGGUGGAGGAGGGCAACUCAGUGACCUUGACCUGUAAGGCUCGAGGGUAUCCUAUGCCCGUGGUGUCCUGGAGGAGGGAGGACAACCUCAAGAUAGUCCUCAGGGAUCAAGGCAACAAGAAAGUCACCGUCACGGAGGGGGACCAGCUGCGCCUGACUCGAGUGAAGCGGUCAGACAUGGGACCUUAUCUGUGUAUUGCUAAGAACGGCAUACCACCUUCUGUUAGCAAGCGUAUAAUGCUCCGUGUAAACUUCGCGCCCGUGUUGGAGGUGCCUGUACACAUGAUAGGCUCACCGCUGGGCAAGGAGGUGACCGUCAGGUGCAAAGUGGAGUCCUCACCCAGAGCCGUGGCUACCUGGCGCAAGGAACCAGGUGAACAGAUGAUCAUUAGCAGCCACAAGUACAACGUAACGGAGUACAAGGAAGGUUUCUACGUCACCCAGAUGAGUUUAACCAUCAGGAACUUCACGCUAGAGGACGCCAUCACCUACCGCUGCGUCGCCUCCAACUCUCUCGGGGCAACUGCUUCUUCGGUACAGGUCUACGAGAUUCAGCCUCAGAAGACUCGCACCAGUACCAAGAACGACGGCGACGACUCCCGCUUGGGUAAUCAGAUCCCCUUAGCAGCUUCCGACCACGACAAGAACGACCUCGACGACUUCUACAACGAAUUAGACGACCCCAUCAACAACUACCUCGACCCCUACCAUCCUGGGGGUAUCCUGGACAACGACAGGGACCGCGAACCACUCCUGAAGGAUCCAGAUAUCCCUAAGAGUCCUACAGGAAGCAAGACAUUUCCUUAUCUCAAUGGUGGAGGUGGUGAAGGGGCGGUGGGUAUAGGUAGUAGGUGGUGGUGGUGGGCGUGGGUGGUAGUGGUGGUGUUCUGGUCUGUUGUCCUGCCAGGUAGAGUUGCUUUUUAAGUUUUGCUCAUGAUUGGUGGGCGUGGUGGUGGUGGUGGUGGUGGGCGUAGUGGUAGGAGUUGUCGUGGGCGUGCGUGGUGGUCAUGGAGAUGGGCGUGGCUGACUCUAGAUGCUCACG